AAUCAAAAGAGCCAGAAAUAGUAUUGCUCCGCAUUUCUCUUCUCCAUCCUUCUUCUCUUCUCUUCUCUUCUCUUCUCUUCUCCCUCAUUUCUCUUUCCUCUUUCUCCCUCCAUCUUCCUUUCCUUCCCCCUUCAAUCUCCCACCCAGAAAACCAGAGAUUAAACAAAAAGAUGAUACACCUUCUAUACACAGUAAUCUUCGGCGAAGCAGCCAUGAUAAUGCUGCUCCUUUUCAAAACCCCAUUACGAAAGCUUGUGAUUGCAAUCCUUGACAAAAUCAAACGCGGUCGAGGCCCAAUUGUAGUCAAGACUGUAUCUGCUACAAUCUCUAUUGUUUUCAUUUCCACCAUUUAUAGCACGCUCAAGAUCCAACGCCGCGCAAUCGGUGAUGAUGGCGCACCUGAGACACUCAGCCCCACUGAUCAAGUCAUCUUUACCAGGCACCUUCUAGAAGCUUCUCUCAUGGGAUUCAUCUUGUUUCUGGCUCUCAUGAUUGAUCGUCUGCACCACUACAUCAGAGAACUCCGUUUGAGGAGGAAGACCAUGGAAGCUGUGAAGAAGAACGACGUGAGAUCUGCUUUCGCCGGCCCUGAGGAAAUAAAAGCAAGAGAGCAACAGGUAGACACAUUUAAAGAUAUGAUUAGACAGCUAGAAUCAGAUCUUGAUAGCAAGGUUAAGGAAGCAACUAGCUCAGAAGCUACUGUUGAAGCUCUAAGGAAGCAAUCGGAGGGACUUCUUCUUGAAUAUGACCGAUUAUUAGCAGAAAACCAAGAACUUCGGAGUCAAUUACAGAUAUUGGACCACAAGAUUUCACUUUCCACUUUCAAGAAGGAUUCGUAAAAGGGAUUUUCACCACCCCACCUGUGAAUGAUUUUGUAUGUUGUUCCUUGGUCUUCCUUUUGUAGUUAUAUUGUAAGUUUUUGAUCUUUUCCAUUUUAUUUAACAUCAUUUGUGCCACUUGAGAGAGAAUGAUAAGCAAGAAACAAUACAAGAAAUACAAAAAGAGUUAUCCUGAA